UCGGUCGCUGCAGUUCGAGACAGUCACACAUUCUCCUCCUCCUCCGUCGCCGUUAAUCCUAAACUCCAGUCGUUUGCUAGUGCCCUUCUUCCCUUUUCACCUGUCAUAGGAUCGUUUCCACGUCUUCAAAUUAAGCGAAAAACAAAAGGAAUCUCUGCUGACCAUACAUAAUGCAGCAACAACAGCAGAAGACGGCCGACGUGGUGAUCGUCGGCGCCGGCAUUGCCGGAUUGACAGCGGCUGACCAUCUCCGCCGCAACGGUGUCAUGAACGUCGUUAUUCUCGAAGCAUCCAGCAGAUAUGGAGGCCGUUUAUUUACGGUGCCCCAUGGCGAUGCUUACCUGGAGUACGGGGCUAACUGGAUUCACGGUGGGAGCGAGGAGAAUGAACUGUUCAAGCUUGCCCGGCAACGCGCUCUCCUGAACGAUACUUUGAACCUUGAAAACAGAACAAAGGGACUCUUCUACACUUCAGCUGGACAGACCAUCGAUGGUCAACUAGGUGAGAAAUGUUACCAGCUGUUUUUCGACGCGGAAAUGGAAGCCGGGCGGCUCUACCGCUCCGAUAGUCGCAUGAAGCAGCGACUAGCCAACAAAUCAUUGCUCCAGUAUUUGGAAGAAGUUUGGCAACGAUUGGCCGAAAAGGAAUUUGGCGCUGAUUUGAACGAUCCCAUUCGCCAGCAAGCAGAGUCCGUCUUCCGCUCCAUGAUCCUCUACUUCCGUGCCCACGUUGGCAAUGAUUUGGCCCUUGUACCAGCCAUUCUGCACGGCACUUUUGAAAACGUUGCUGAAGAGGACGUCAAGAUGCCAAACGGCAUGCGUGCUCUGGUCGACGAAUUCUACGUCAACCUUCCAAAAGGAACAAUCGAAUUCGAUACGACCGUCACCGGAAUCUUUUGGUCGUCUAACGAGUCAGGCAGUGGAUCAUCUUCAACUGAAUGGCUGGAUCACCCAGUCAAAAUCACUACGAAUCAUGGCGUCAACUGGAGAGCCAAGCACGUUAUUUGUACGCUGCCACUAGGUGUGCUCAAGAGAUCACAUGACAAAAUUUUUCAUCCUCCUCUUCCACCAUUGAAAGUCAAAGCCAUCGAAACGAUCGGAUUCGGCAAGGUCGAGAAAGUCUUUGUCGAAUUCGAUCAGCCCUUUUGGGAGCCAGGUUUCGGUGGCGUAAAGUUGGCAUGGACAGCUGAAGAUUUGGCUGAGAAACUCUUGCCACGUGACUGGUACAAGGUCAUCUGUAGCUUUGAGGAAGUUUAUCGCCAGCCCAAUGUUCUAGCUGCUUGGAUUUCUGGCCGAGAAGCUGAAGCAAUGCUUUCGUUGAGUGAGGAGGAAAUAUUGGAAACAUGCACUCGUCUACUUCGUACCUUUACGGCCAAUCCCGGAAUGGUGGCCCCCGUCCGGAUCAUUAGAUCCAACUGGCUCAAUGAUCCUUUCUUUUGUGGAUCGUAUUCCUAUCCAACAUUCCAUUCUAGUCAUAGGAGCUUCAGCGAUUUAGCCACUCCAAUUCCCUGUGAGAAAAAUCCCCAUGUUUUAUUCGCUGGUGAGGCCACUCACGAUCAUUACUACUCGACGCUCCACGCUGCCCACAUUACGGGAAAGAGGGAGGCAGAACGCAUUAUCCCGUUCAUCCUGCAGUCAAACAAGCAUUUCUUAAAGCACAAACUUUGAAUAGGGCGAUGAAAAAUGAAAUCGUCCUAGAUAUACUCUAUUGUAACUGAUAUAAAAUUGUAGAUGGGAAAGGGAAUCAACCAUACUAACCAAUUACCCAAAUUAUCCUUGGCAUAAUUCUUACUGAACUGGGGGAUUUGUACUUUUCUUUAUUGGACAAGGUGGGGCGCAAUUAGUAACCAUCAGCUUAUUUCACUUUCUAUGCCAUUCUUGCUCAACAUGAAUUGUGUAUCAUUUUUCUUAUACCAAUGGGGCAGUUUCUGAUGUUUCCAUGAAAUGGCCAUGAUGUAUUGAAUUGAAAAAGAGAUAAUACAUGCCAGAUAGAAUCUGAAA